ACAAGUGGAGUAUCAAAAGAACAGUAAAAUUUAAAAUGUCUACCGAAAAUAGAGUAGAAGCAAAAAGUGGUGCUAAUUUACCUGAGAUUGAGGUAUUUCCAAACGUCGCUGCGAUGCUAGAAGCUAAUGCCAUUUUCAUAGAGAGAACAAACUCGUUCAACUUUAAGGAAAACAUUGAUACUGCAGAUUCUCGAACCCUACCUCAAUCAAUCGUUAAUGGAUUUGAACCACAACAAGAACUGGCGCAACCAGAAGUAUCUGUGGAUCCCACUCUACCAAAUCCUAUACAACCCGAUUCUAAAUCAGGCAUCAUAGAAGAGAAUGUUGUCCUUCGAAAGCUUCUUCGCAAAAGGAGAUAUUUUGACUGCAGAGAUGGAAGCUCAUAUAUAAAAGCGCAUGCAGUCAACUCUUCUGCACAGAAGUUAGAGUCACCAUGUUAUGUUUGUGGACAAUUUCAGCAUACUGGGAAGAGAUGUCCUAAGCGUCGUAUUUGCUCUACUUGCAAAAAAAGAGGCCACAUUGCUGUAGAUUGUCCAGUGAACAACAAUGAAUGUAAUAUUUGUUUAAGAUGUGGGGUAUCCGGGCAUGAACUCUUUUCAUGCAAUGUCGAAUAUUCUCCUGAUGAUCUUGAGAAUGUACAGUGUUAUGUUUGCAAUGAACAUGGACACCUUUGCUGUGGUAAUUAUUCCGACAUAAGCAUAGCAACUACCUCUUGUUAUAAUUGUGGCAUAUCUGGACAUUCGGGUUUGCAAUGCCCAAAACCGAAUCUGGAUAAGUCUGGUUCGUGUCCUCCUCCUAUAUGCUACAAAUGUGGAGACGGUGACCAUGUUGCACGAAGAUGCCCAAAAGAUGUCGGGCUGUCAGCACGCAAUAAACGUCGACAGGCUUCUGAGUUAGAUUUGGUAUUGGAUGUAGAUGGAAGCCAAAGAACAGCUAGGAGAAGCAAGACAUAUAAGCACAGUAGAGUUAAGAAACAAAAGAUGAAAAGGUUACUAGAGUACAUGACUGUAUAGUAUACAUUAUUUCCAUACAACUGUGUGAGCCUGGGGAGUUUCAGUAAUUUUGCAGGUUGCGAAACCCCUUUUAAGUGGUAGUAUUUCCUCCCUGCAAAUUUGUAUUAUAUUGUUCUUCUUGCUGUAACAUUUAUUGAUUAUUUCCCUCUAAAAAAUAAAUUCGAUUGGUUUCUAACGGAGUUAA